UCAACAACAGCAGCUUGUCAGACACCUCCGUAGCUUGUUACUCAAUAUAGCCGAAACGUAUGAGCUCUUUAAGACUGUUUCGGUGUAUAUUGGUCCCUGUGUUUAAAACAUACUUGUUUCGUAUAGCUAGUUUCCCCAUUUAAUUAAAUAUAUACUUUGUUAAGUUAGUAGCUAGCUGGAUUGCUGAAUUAGCUUAGAACCAGGCUAGUUGUUAAUGCUAACUAGCUAACAUCUCGGACCAUGAGUUCACUAAGCUACUCUCCUCCUGAUAAAGAAGAGGAGGUCUGCUGGACGGAGAAAGAAGCUCUGGGACUGAACAUUGUCGUGAAAGAGGAGGAGGGGGAUAUUACAGUAAAAGGAGAGGAAGACGCUUUCAGAAUGAAAGAGGAGGUAGAGGAGGCCAUCAGUAUCACAUUAAAAGAAGAGGAUGAUGUUACAGUGAAAGAAGAGAAAGAACAUAUUAGAGUGAAAGAUGAAGAGGGGAUAGAGGCUGUCACAGUGGAAGAAGAGCAGGUAGAAGCUUUCAGAAUUAAAAAGGAGGAAGAGGAGCAGGAUGUUAUAGUGAAAGAAGAGAAAGAACCUUUUGAAGAGGAAGAGGAGGCUGAAGAUUUGAUUAACACCAGAGAGGGACCAGACUCUCACUCUGACAGCGGGAAGAGUCCUUCAGGGGAACCAGACCCAGAGACGUCCAAACCAGCAAGACCACACCACUGCGCCCACUGUGGAAAGAGUUUUACCCGGUUCUGGAACCUAAAACAGCACGAGACGAUGCACACAGGAGAAAAGCCUUUUCAAUGUUCCCAGUGUGGAAAGAGUUUUACCUGGUUAAGGGCCCUGAAUAGGCAUGAAGAAAUACAUACAGCAGGGAGGAAGACCUACCAAUGCUCCCAGUGCGGAAAGAGUUUUACUCAGUUAGGAAGCCUGAAAAUACAUGAGAGAAUUCAUACAGGAGAGAAGCCUUACCCUUGCUCCCUGUGUGGAAAGAAUUUUACCAUGUUAGGCAAUCUUAAAAAACACGAGAAAAUACACUCAGGAGAGAAGCCUUACCACUGUUCUCUGUGUGGAAAGAGUUUUACCCAGAUAGGGAGUCUGAAAACACAUGAGAGAAUGCACACAGGAGAGAAGCCUUAUUACUGCUCCCAGUGUGGCAAGUAUUUUUCUCAUUUAGAGACCCUGAAAAUACAUAAGAGAAUACAUACAGGAGAGAAGCCUCACCACUGCUCCCUGUGUGGAAAGAGUUUGACCACUUUGGGCAAUCUAAAAGAGCAUGAGAGGACACACACGGGAGAAAAGCCUUUUAAGUGUUCCCUCUGUGGAAAGAGUUUUACCCAUUUAGCGAGCCUGAAAAGGCAUAAAGGAAUACACACAGGAGAAAAGCCUUACCAGUUCUCCCAGUGAGGAAAGAGAUUUUCACGAUUACAGGACCUUACAUCACAUGAGAGGACACACCUGACCACUGCUCCCAAUGUGGAAAGACAUUUUACCUUGUUAGGGAUCCUGAAAAACAAGACCUACCACUGCUCUCAGUGUGGAAUAAGAUUUACCUGGUUAUAGAACCUGAAAUAAUUCAUACAAAUACACAGGAGGAAACGACAUACCACUGCUCUAAUUGUGGAAAGACAUUUUCCCAGUCAGAGGACCUUAAAUCACAUGAGAGAAUAGAGAGGCUGUGUUCUGACUUGUGCUUUUGACUGAGAAUUUGUGUUUUUGUUUAAUACCACAUUAAAUCAUAUUCAAAAAAGUUUUACAGGAAUUGGUUUUAAAAAGUUUACAGGAGAGGCCUGGGAAUUCCUGUAAACCUUUUUUGAGUAUGAUUUAAUGUGGUAUUAAACAAAUAUAUAUUACACUGCUCAAAAAAAUAAAGGGAACACUUAAACAACACAAUGUAACUCCAAGUCAAUCACACUUCUGUGAAAUCAAACUGUCC